GCUGGGAUAAACAAACUUAUUCACUCUUUUUUCUCAAUUGAUAAGGUUACUUUUUUGUUGCUUUUUGAUUGUUAGAGUCAAUAUUUUUUACCUGACUUUGUGUCUUCUGUUUACAUUUAAAAACAACUUUAAUUGGACCUCUUUACACUGGAAAAUAAACAUAUUCUGACUUCAUCUCAUUGAAACUGGUGAAAGAGGGUUUUGUUAUUUCAUACAUUCUACAGGUCAAAGUGUGGUUAUUUUAUUCCACUUGGCACAGUGCAAUACAAGUGUUAUCCUCAUCUUGUCUAGUCUUAUUACCAUGUUGAUUAUUUUUCAUCUGUCAAAUUAAUUUUAUUUUUUCUCGAUACAUUAACCAUCUUCAACUUGCAUCAGCUUUUAUUAUUGUCUAAACCUUUCUUGCUCCUAACGAGCUGUUGAUUGAGAGGAUCUUAAACCAUGGGUAAUUUGCUGCGAUUAUUAUCCAGAGACGAACCACCAAAGUACGAUGUGUUUGUUGACUUUGAGAAUGCUCAGCCGAGUGAAUCGGAAAAGCAGCUCUUUCAAGAAGUUGAAAUGGUUUUGAUAAAAGCAUCCGACUUACUUCAUCAGCUGCAAACAUAUAAAGGAGCCGGUAACGAGAUCAGAGAGGCAAUUGCAAAUCCACAAAACGAGGCUAUACAAAUGAAAGCUUGGCAGACUGUAACUCCUUUGGUUGAUAAAUUGAAGGAUUUCUACUUGUUUUCAAUCCGAUUAGAAUCGAUUAUUCCCAAGCUUUUAAAUGCUUUAACAAGUGGACCGAUGACACCUCGUCAUCACCUUGAAACUCAACAAGCUUUGGUCAAACAAUUUGCUGAAAUACUCGAUUUUGUUUUAAAAUUUGAUGACAUAAAGAUGUCUAAUCCAUCAAUUCAAAACGAUUUUAGCUAUUAUCGUCGAACAACUUCUAGACUAAGCGUACCCAUGGAAUGUGCAAUGGCCCCUGGCAGUCUUACUUAUCGUCAAUACAAUCAUGAUUUGUCCAAAGAGUUGGCUAAUCGAAUGUCACUUUUCUAUGCCCAUGCAACUCCAAUGUUGAAAGUCCUUUCCGAUGUCACAUCUAAUUAUGUUGUGGCUAAUAAAAAUGUUCCUAUGGAUAAUACAACCGAAACCUUGAGUACCAUGGCCAAAGUCUGUCAACGGAUGGUUGAAAAUCCGGAAUUUUGUUCUCGUUUUCAGAGCGGAGACACAAUAUUGUUCGUUUUAAGGGUUAUGGUUGGUGUUAUAAUACUCUACGAUCAUGUCCAUCCAUCUGGUGCCUUCUCUAAAUCAUCACAUAUUGACAUUAAAGGAUCAAUCAAAGUACUUCGCGAACAACCUCCUAAUAUAGUAGAAGGCUUACUUAAUGCUUUAAGGUACACAACCAAACAUCUCAAUGACGAAAAUACUCCUAAACAAAUUAAAGCUUUAUUGGUUUAAUUCACUUUGCAAUGCAAAUGGAAAAGUAUUCAUUUCUAUGUGAAUAUUUUCCUCCCUCCAUUAAAUCUGCUUCAUCAACCAUCCAGAUAAUUGUGCCAAUCUCUCUUUCAAAGACAAAAAGAAAAAAAUUAUAU